GAACAAAUCAAAUCCAAGAGAAGAAACUGCCGGCUUUCAAAAUCAUCCUCCUCCGCCAUCAUCCGCCACCGUGCGGGGAGCAGGUGGUGUCGGAGACGCGAGUAGCGAGAACCGCUGGGGGAGCUGACAGGCGGGUUGGGCAUCGGGACCGCAGGACUCGGAGGCGACGACCCCGACCUGACCUGACCCAGACCCUAAAUCAGUCCCCACCCCGCUGGGCGGACGCGGGCGCUCGGGUCGCCCCACGCGGCGGUGCCGUCUGUUUACGUUUGCAGAUUUUCAGGGGAGCCCACCAACGUGUCCAACAUGGCCUCUGAAGACAUUGCCAAGUUGGCAGAGACGCUAGCCAAAACCCAGGUGGCCGGGGGACAGCUGAGUUUCAAAGGCAAGAGCCUCAAACUCAACACUGCAGAAGAUGCCAAGGAUGUGAUUAAAGAGAUUGAAGAUUUUGACGGCUUAGAGGCUCUGCGCCUGGAGGGCAACACGGUGGGCGUGGAAGCAGCCAGGGUCAUCGCCAAGGCCUUGGAGAAGAAGUCGCAGUUGAAGCGAUGCCACUGGAGCGACAUGUUCACAGGGAGGCUGCGGUCCGAGAUCCCGCCAGCCCUGAUCUCACUAGGGGAGGGACUCGUUACAGCCGGAGCCCAGCUCGUGGAGCUGGACCUAAGUGACAACGCAUUUGGGCCCGAUGGCGUGCGAGGCUUCGAGGCCCUGCUGAAGAGCUCUGCCUGCUUCACCUUGCACGAACUCAAGCUCAACAACUGCGGCAUGGGCAUCGGUGGUGGCAAGAUCCUGGCAGCAGCCCUGACUGAGUGUCACCGGAAAUCCAGUGCCCAAGGCAAGCCGCUGGCCCUGAAGGUCUUCGUGGCUGGCAGAAACCGCCUGGAGAACGAUGGAGCCACUGCCUUGGCAGAAGCUUUUGGAAUCAUCGGGACUCUGGAGGAGGUCCACAUGCCCCAGAAUGGGAUCAAUCACCCCGGUGUCACUGCCCUGGCCCAGGCUUUCGCCAUCAACCCCCUGCUGCGGGUCAUCAACCUGAACGACAACACCUUCACUGAAAAGGGUGCUGUGGCCAUGGCCAAGACUCUGAAGACCUUGCGGCAGGUGGAGGUGAUCAACUUCGGGGACUGCCUGGUGCGCUCCAAGGGCGCUAUUGCCAUUGCAGACGCUGUCCGCGGGGGCCUGCCCAAGCUGAAGGAGCUGAACUUGUCGUUCUGUGAAAUCAAGAGAGAUGCUGCUCUGGCCGUGGCUGAGGCCGUGGCAGACAAGGCCGAGCUGGAGAAACUGGACCUCAAUGGCAACACCCUGGGAGAAGAAGGCUGUGAGCAGCUCCAGGAGGUGCUGGACGGCUUCAACAUGGCCAGGGUGCUGGCGUCCCUCAGUGAUGACGAGGGUGAGGACGACGAGGAUGAGGAUGAGGAGGAGGACGGGGAAGAGGAGGAGGAGGAGGAGGACGAGGACGAGGAGGACGAGGACGAGGACGAGGACGAGCCACAGCAGCGAGGGCAAGGAGAGGAGUCCCCCACACUGUCCAGGAAGAUUCUGGAUCCUAACAGUGGGGAACCGGCUCCCGUGCUGUCCUCGCCAUCUCCCGCAGACGUCUCCACCUUCCUGGCUUUCCCUUCUCCGGAGAAGCUGCUGCGCCUCGGGCCUAAGAGUUCUGUGCUGAUAGCCCAACAGACUGACACGUCCGACCCAGAGAAGGUGGUCUCCGCCUUCCUGAAGGUGUCCUCUGUGUUCAAGGAUGAAGCCACAGUGAGCACGGCAGUUCAAGAUGCAGUAGAUGCCUUGAUGAAGAAGGCCUUCAGCUCAUCCUCCUUCAACCCCAACGCCUUCCUCACCAGGCUUCUCAUCCACAUGGGUCUGCUCAAGAGUGAAGACAAGAUCAAGGCCAUUGCCAACCUGUACGGCCCCUUGAUGGCACUGAAUCACAUGGUGCAGCAGGACUAUUUCCCCAAGGCCCUUGUGCCCCUGCUGCUGGCAUUCAUGACCAAGCCCAACGGCGCCCUGGAGUCCUGCUCCUUCGCCCGCCACAACCUGCUGCAGACGCUGUACAAGGUCUAACCUAGACCCUCGGCCUGGACCAGUGAAUUGGGCAGGAACUCGGAUGAAGGACUCUGGCUAGAGGCAGGGAGGGUCUUUGUCGCGUGUGUCGUGUCAGUCCCCCGAGUAUGUGUGUCGGUGUAGUGCGCGUGCUGGUGUGUGCUUCCUGUCGGGGUUUGGGUUUUUAAUGUCUCCCUGCUGGGCUGGCCCUGGUCCCACUGGAGGGGAGCUGGCCCCAGGCCAAAGGGCUGCGAGCUGGGAGCUGCUCUGCCAUUAAACUCACAGGUCUGAGGGCCUCUGCUGAUCUGUGCCUCAGGCUCAGUCCUGGUGGCUCUGCCCACCCACUUUGCCUUCCUUACUCUCCUGGGCUGCACUAAAGCCUGGGGAUUGCUGUCUGUGAGCUGUCCAUGAGCUGUCCCCUCCGUCUCUGUGGCGGCUUGGCUGCCAUUUCUCGCCCUGCCUGGGGCUCCUCACUUGGCAGCUGCCUCUGCUUCCUGUCACCAAGCCCUGGUCCUGCAGCCACCACAGUCCCCACUGCCCAUCCAUGCUGUGCUGACCCCUUGGUGUGAGAAGCAGAGACUACCAUGGGCAGGGGGGGCAGGGGGUGGUCAGCAGAGGGCAAGACCCUGCUGCCCAUGCUGUGUGGACAGGAUGAGAAGCCAGUGGGUCCUGGAACAGGCCUUGCCUGGAUGGCACUGGUUCUGGACCCAGCGUGGCCCUCCCCUGGCUGCUGAAAUGUCUGUGACUGGCCUGGAGGCUGAGCUGGAGGGGGUCCCUGGACAGGCCCUGUUCUCUAGCCUGGGGCAGGGGCAGGGCCCACUGCUGCCUGAGCUGCAUCUCAGGCACUCAUGGAGGACCUGGGGUGGGGGCACAGUGGGGACUGGUUGCGAUGCUCUGGCCCCUCCCUGAGCAGUGGCCCCGUGACGCCCUGUGCUCGCUGCGACGCCCUGUGCUUCCCCCUUCAUGCUCUUUGUGUCUGGGCUGUGCCCGGGGCUUCACAAAUAAAGUCACAUGUGGCAACAGUGGAGACUGAGAAACCUUGCACCUCAAGUGAGCCAUUCUCUGGAGUCCCACCCACCUCAGCGCAGGCAGUGGCCCUACCUCAGCCUAUAAGGGGCAGUCCGUCUUGCCAAGGAGUCCCUGUGCCAACCUUGUGCCAUCACCUGGGGCAGGCCUCUUCCACCCAGGCCUGGAGGCUUCCUCUGUUGCCCGCUCCCCUCUUAACAGCUGGGCAGGUGGUGCCCAGGACGGGGCAGUGACUCAGGGGUGUCAGAGAGGGUGGAGGUCCUGAUGGGGCCUGUUUCACUUGCCUGGCCCCACGUCACCUUUGCCUGUCUUUGGGCCACAGCUCCACUGGUCCCCGGAUUGCUCCAUUCAUGGACCUGGUUGGGCUGGACACUGUCCAGAUCUCACCACUGGCCCUGCUGGCUGCAGUUAGGAGCCCCUGGGUCUGGCUAGCACAGUCACUUCACAAGAUUGGCUUGGAGUGGUGGGCACCUCCCUGAGGUUCUUUCCCCGUUGCCACAUGUGGUGGGCCGACAGCCCAGCAGACAGACCCUCCUCGCCACUUACCGUACACAGCAGCACACCUGGGGAGCCUGUGUCACCACAGGAAUGAAGAGGUCCCUCCAAGUUUUCUUAGGGGGCAGCCACAUUUCCUUAUUGUUUGUGGACUACUCAGUGACUCCUUUCUUGGCCAGGUGGCAGAGAUGUCUUGCCCUGCUCCUCCCCAUACGAGGUGAUGUGGCCAGGAGCAGGAGGCGGGCCGGGCAACUGCAGCCCUCCUUACCAGGCCCUGUUCUGAGCUCUGGGGCUAUAGGUGCUGGCUUUGGGGAGCUCCCAGUCUGGUGCAGGAAGCCAAUAGCCAUGGCCCACUGUGGGGACGGUGGGCAGGGAGGUGAGGGAAGCCUUUAGAAGUUAGGGGUGCAAGAACUGAGUCCUGAGAUUCAAAUAGGACUUCUCACAGGUGAUAUUUGACAGAUGGAGAAACUGGCUCAGGGCCGAGUAGGGGCCUGGCGGAGGUCCUCCAGGCCACCCAGGGCUGGCCCUUAUUCCCUCCUAGGUCGGGCGUGUGCAAGCUUCAGCUCAGAUUGAGAAGAGAACCACAGAUCUCAUUUAACCUCAUGACAGGCCAGCAGUGCCUGGCUCCUCAAACCUGCGCAGUGAGGAUGAUCCUAUUGGUUCCAGGAGGGCAGGCCCUGACCACCCAGCUCCCAUCAUCCUUCAGCUCAGCGGCCGGGAAGGUGCAGGGAAGGGCCUGGGGGCCUCAAACUUGCAACUUACUGAGAAAGCCUUUGGGAUUGCACGGGUCUGUAAGAUCAUAGCUGCCUCAGCCUGGGACCCCCACCAGGCUGCUCCCACUGAAGGGAGCUCAACCAGCAAUUCCACUGACUAGAAAAGCCCCAGGAAGCAGCACAUCCUGAUAGCAAGAACCUAUAAUGACUCAGGCCAAUAUUGGGGAAAUGGAUCAAGUCCAAAGCCACACAGUGGAAUGGUACACAACAGUGAAAAUAUGUCAGCUAUGGUUAUGUGUGAACCACACACACCACAGAUGAAUCCAUGGCAGUGCUGAGUGAAGAAAAUCUCAGGGCAAUACCAUUAGCGAGUAAAUGUGUGUUUAGGCUGCAACGAUGCUAUUAUCAAUAAAAGAGAUGCUAAACCCAG